GCCUUCUUGGCUUUCCGUAGUUCCAAGACUGAGCGCGCGGUGGAGCGGGUCCUGGUGGGAAGUUUGUAUCUCCUCAGAGGAAGUGUGUGUGUUAUUGUGCGCGUCGGGUCUGUGUGUUCAUUCAAAAUAUGGCUUUGAACUUUCAGACGUCCACCCUAUCUCUGACUCUGCCGAUUUCCUGCCAGAUAUGUCUCGGAAAGGUCAGGCAGCCGGUCAUUUGUGCCAACCACCACGUGUUCUGUUCGUCCUGCAUGGAAAUGUGGCUGAAGAAAGCUAGCCAGUGUCCCACCUGCAGAGUCCCCAUCACGGCAGAGAACCCCUGCAGGGAAAUCAUCGGUGGCACAAAUGAGAGUGAUCACGGUGAUAGUCCUUCCAUGAGGAAAUGUCUCAGAAAAACCAGAGGGGAGCUGCUUUUACGGGAGUACGAGGGGGAAAUUGAAGGGCUCAUCAGAGAGAAUGAGGAGCUGAAAGCAAAAAAUCAAAGUUUGGAGUCACAACUGAAGACUGCUUUGGAUCCCUGCAGCAUAAAUACAGUGCAAACGGACGACAGAAAAGUUGAUCCCUACGUACUGGAAGAGUGGACAAACAAACUGCGAGCUGCCACAGAUGUCUGCGAUAAAGUAAAGCAGGACAUGGACAAGCUUAAGGAGGCAAAUAAGGCAUUGCGAUCUCAAAAUGUGGACCUCGUGCAAGAGAAUAUGAGACUGAAGGCGGAGGUAGCGAGCAGAUCGCCUCAGAAGUUUGGCCGUUACACAGUUGCAGCACUGGAAGCUAAAAUCCAGCAGUAUGACCGUGAAGUGGACCACUUGAAGAGGGCUCUGGAGCGCAGCGACCAGUACAUUGAGGACCUGGAGUCUCGGGUCAGAGAGCCUGAGAACAGACGUCUUGAAGUGCAGGAAACGUGUGGGAGUAGCAAGGCUGGAUCAGAAGCUCUCACACAGCAGCAGAAAAUCAGCAUGAUGAUGAGGAGCCUGAGUGACGGCGAGAGGCGGUCGAUCUGCAGCAAUCCUGAGGCAGAAUAUCAAACAUUUUCCAGAAAACACAGUUUUAUGUGCGGGCCAUCUGCAGAUCACAAGGAGUUUAAUAAAAAUCUGACUGAGGACCAGAAGAAAGACUUGGAAAAUACCUCAUCUGACUUUUUACCAUCCACGCCGUCCUCUGCCUUCCGGUCCCUGACUCUGAGAAGCCCUGGCAUCCGUGAAAAGAAAGUUGCAUUUAAACCUGUGUCUUAUCUGAGGAGGCUUGAUUUUGAAGAUUUUCCUAGUCCUGGUGAGACUAGCAGUGCUAUGGAGAACCAGUUCAGCAGUCUGAACAAAUUCCCCAAAGGCUUGCCUCCAAAUACUGACAUGGAACCCUCAAAGUCUGUCUUCUGGGGUGGUUGGCAGAGAGCUGAAUCUAAUGACCCUGGUCCAAGUAAAGAAAGCUCAGUUAAAGGAACCACAUGCACUAAUCUUGUAAGUGAUAAGCCUGAUAGUUUCCAGAUGUCCAGCGAGGCCUCCAUGGAUGCAGCUUAUCUGGACAAAAUCUCAGAGUUGGACUCCAUGAUGCUGGACGGAGAGAGUUCCAGUAGCAGGGGAUCACAGCUCUCCCUGGCUUCCUCCCCUCCCACAGACUUAGACAACACUCUCGUCCCAGAACCACAAACCUGCCCUGAUGUCUUGUCAAGCCAUGGUGGUAAACCUGUGAUCCAGUGUGACCAGCGGGGCCACCUGCUAUGUGAUACCAUGGAUGACAAAGAGGCCCCAAAAGACUCUGCAGAGGAACGUUUUGCUGCACUGGGGUCGGGAGGGGAGAGCGGUGCCCGUGUCCCCGGCUGCGCAGGUCACGGACGGCCCUCUCAGACUGAUGAACUGUCUUUUGAUUUGCUGUUUGAUUCACUGGAAGAGAAUAAGGCCGCUCCCUGCGAGUCUCUCGGCGGCGCGAGCCAAGACACGGAUCACGUAGACCCGUCGUCCUCCUCCGACUGCUUUGGAAAACCUAUAAAAACAACAAGAGAGAGACACGCACUGAACAUCGGCCAGCCCACUAAGAGAAAGUCUCACAGUCCCUUUAGCACAAGCAGUCCCACAAAACUUUCAAAGCUCAUGUGAAAGUUUUAAAAGCUGAAUCUGUGCCUUCCUGACGUGGCCGCACACGGCUGGAAACUUGUUGCUUCAGAAUAAGUUUGUGAAUGUGAUGCUCGGGUGUAAAUUAUUGUCUGUCACUGUCAUUUUGUCUGUUGUGAUUACUGUAUGAAUUAAGACAAAAUACAACAUGUUUGUCAAAUAGUUUUUUGUGUAGUCUACUUGUAGGUCGAAGUGGCAGGUCAGUGCUGUUUUUAGGCCAGUCUUUAGUCUGUCUCUGUUGUAAUCAGACGGAUACAUGCUGUUUGCUCUUGGCGCUGAGACAUUUUGUCAAAAGUGAAUUCAUUUUAUUAUGACACGCAGUAAUGAAGACAGGUUAAGGCGGCCAUCAUGAAAAACUAUUUUUGAAUUAAAAAAAAAAAUUGGAAUGUAAAACUGUGUUUGGAAAUAAAACAGUAAUGCAAUGAGAAACUGUA